AUGAAGGAAGCUGUUGUUCCCACAAAGUAUACAAUUAAUGAGCUUCAUAAAAUCAUUGCAAGGUUUUAUUGGAGUACUAAAGAAGAGGGUAAAAGCAGGCAUUGGUCCUCAUGGGACAAGGUUUGUUUACCAAAAGAAGAAGGUAGACUAGGAUUCAGAUCUCUAGAUGAUGUGUCUAAGGCCCUUUUUGCCAAAUUAUGGUGGAGAUUUAGAACAUCAAAUACAUUGUGGUCAGCCUUCAUGUGGAAUAAAUAUUGCAAGAAGAUGAAGCCAACAGAAGUGCAGUGGAAAGGUAGUUCACAAGUUUGGAAAAGAAUGAUAGAAACAAGGGAUGAGGUGGAUCAACAGAAAUGGUGGGAACCUAGAAAUGGAGCAUGGGAUGAUAAUUGGACUAAACUUUGUUCAAUCAAAUAG